AUGGCUGAAAUAACUAGAGAAGAGGUGAAUGCUGCACUAAAGAAGAUAAAGAAUGGAAAAGCUACAGGACCCGAUGACAUACCAGUGGAAAGUUAUGAGAACUAUCAGGCUAUUAAGCUGAUGUAUCAUACUUUGAAACUACUGGAAAGGAUUUUGGACUCACGAUUGAGACAAGUAGUGCGCAUUGGCCGACAGCAACUUGGUUUUAUGAAAGAGAUCGGAACAAUUGACGGUAUCUUUUCUCUUAGGCAAUCCAUGGAGAAAUAUCACAGAGAAGCAAAACGUGCGGCAUAUGGUCUUCAUCGACUUAGAAAAAGCUUAUGA